AUGCUGGGUGACUGCGCCCAUCAGCCGUCGGUUUUUGGUGAGGCGGCGACGUCGCCGCUAGCAUCAUUGAGUAGAAGGUCCACAUUCGAUGAGGAUUCGUUCUUCUCCCCAACCAAGCCACAAGUGGAUCAGAGAGGAGCUCGCGCAGGUCCAAGUCCGCAGCAGAUUCAAAGAUUACCUACUGUUCACGACAAAGUUUUGGACUGGUUUCUCGGGAUGAUCGAAAAUCGUCAGCUGAGGGCUUCAGCAUGUGCAAGCGUCAUUUGUGCUUUCCUUUUCUUCGUAUCCCUUAUUGCUUCUACAGUUCUCAAUACGAUCACCGCUGCAAUUUUUUCAGUGAUGCACUUUCUUCCACCUUUUCGUUGUCGACAUGGUUCUCGAGCAUCGUUUUGGGAGCUCUUCUCUUUUGGUAUAUCUUGGGUGUUGCUGAAAUUCCUUAGCAAAGCUGAGCAGCUGCAACGAGUACCCUGGACAAGCACAGAUUCGUGGCUAUGUUUUAGCUCAGUUCUGAUCUACAAUGUUCUUCAUUCCAUUGCAAUAAUGAAAAUGACGCGAUUUCCUUCAGAUGAGAAAUUUCUAGUAGGCUUGGUUAUUCAGUCAGCUGUAAUGUCGGCGUUUUCAUCCAUAUUUCGCAACGAUUUCCAGCUCAACUUUUCUGGCGCUGUGACACAGCUGGGUCUCAUGCACACCAUUAUUGGCAUGUUCGCGGUUGGGUACGAGUCUGUCAUGGUGUCAGCAUUCCGCGAAGCAAUUCGCAUAGCAUCUGUCACAGCGGUCAUAGGUUGUGUUACUGGCUUGUUCUGCCAUGGUUUCUCGUCUGUGCUACUGUUGUUCAAUAUAUCUUUUCACAUGUACAACAUAAUUAUUAUCUUUGGGCAACAAUUUGCUACAAAAGCUUUGCUGAGAUUGGUUCGCCAUCUUGUAAUGAAGCCAAUCUCUUUCCCAUUACCUCCAGCCUAUGCUGUGCAUACUCCGACUCCGGAGCAAACACGAACCCUUCCGAUUGUUCUGGAUAGCCAGCACCCCCUGUUGAAGCCAAUCUCUUUCCCAUUACCUCCAGCCUAUGCUGUGCAUACUCCGACUCCGGAGCAAACACGAACCCUCCCGAUUGUUCUGGAUAGCCAGCACCCCCUGUUGAAGCUUUUCGCGUUCACCGAUCUACGACGUGUGGCAUGGACUGAUCGCAACCGCCGCAUGGAAGUGGACAUCCACGGAAAUUGGACGAAUGUUUCUACAGCAUGUAUCAACAUUUUAGAGAGAGUCCAAAGUGAACUGCAGGUCGCAUCUUGCCGUUUCGAAAAUUCUGGUCUGGAUAGAGACCGUGGUGAUAUACCAGACGAUGAUUUUGCGGAAGUGGACAGGGAAAUGCUAAUGAUGCCUCACAAAUCGAGAAAACAGCUUUACUCGUCGGCUGUUCGUCAACGUCAUCGUAUGGCUAUUAGACCAGUAGUUCGUCAGCCCACUUCGUCUGUUCAACAGCAGCUGAGCUGGUGGAAAAGGUUUAUACUAUAUUCAUCUGAUCAAGAGGUCGUCUCUCGAUACGACGCCAGCAUUGUUAUUUUGGCUAUUGAA